AUGGUGGAUGUGAAGUGUCUGAGUGACUAUGAAUUACAGAACGAACUUAAUAAGCUUGGAUAUUCACCUGGCCCGAUAUUACCUUCCACCAGAAAAGCGUAUGAAAAAAAGUUGGUGCAACUCUUGGUCUCACCUCCCAGUGUAUCACCUGUGAUGAAUGGACCCAGAGAGCUGGACAGAGCUCAGGAUGAUGACGCUAAAGAGCUUAAGACCACUAUCAUGUUGAAAGGAAAUAUCAUUCUCUCAUCAGAAAAACACAAGGGACCCAAAAAAGCUCAAAGCCUCAAGAGUCAUCUUGGAACCCCCACUCCCCAUGGCCCCUCACAUAGACCUGAGGCUUUCACCACAAGACCAAAAUCUCUAGAUAGCUGCUGCCUGGCUUAUAAGCAUUCUGAGGGAAUAAGGCUUACUAGAAGAGCUUCAGGCACCAGAUUCAAAGAAUGGAGAAGCCCCCGAGAGACAGACUACUGCACAGUGGACAACAUUAUUGAGUUCUGGAACGUAGAAAUGUUUCCAGUGGCCUUGAGGCUUGCUGUGUUUGGCAUCUUCAUCAUUGUGUUAUUUGUCUACAUAACGGUGGAAAGGAAGCCGUUCUUUGGUUAA